AUGAACAGGCAUCACGCCUUUACCAAUGGCUACGCCGCCAACAAGAAACGAGAUGACGAUAUCUACCACCCGUAUCACGACCGCUCUGACCUCGAGAGCAAAUAUAUUUGGGGCAUGCCUGAUCUAGUCGAGGACGAGAAGCCAGAUUCUUCCUUCAAUCGCAGGUUCGAGCCUCGAAAACGAGCCCUUCACACCCGGUCUCGUCUGGUCCGUCUGGGCUUGGUCCUCCUGGUCACGUUCUCCUUAGCCUUCUACUUCUUCUUUCCCUCCACGUCCACCUUGUCACUAUUAUCGACGAGUUCGGGCAUUUCAUCUCAGUACGACGACAUUGAGACAUUACGAUACUAUGACCUCGAGGAUGUACAGGGGACCUCGGUGGGCUGGGAGAGGGAAGAGCGAGUCCUCCUAUGCACCCCCCUCCGCGAUGCCGCACCGCAUUUGCCCAUGUUCUUCGCCCAUCUAAGAAAUUUCACCUACCCUCAUCACCUCAUCGACCUGGCCUUUCUUGUUUCCGAUUCCAAAGACAACACUGAAGAAUUGCUCUCCCAAAUGCUUGAAGCACAACAGGCCGACCCCGAUCCUUCACAGCCAUACGGGGAGAUUUCAGUCAUCCACAAGGAUUUUGGGCAGGCAGUCGGUCAAGAUGUGGAAAGCAGACAUGGGUUUGCGGCACAAGCUAGCCGAAGAAAACUGAUGGCGCGAGCACGGAAUUGGCUGCUCAGCGCGGCUCUGAGACCAUAUCACAGUUGGGUCUAUUGGCGCGAUGCCGACGUCGAGACGUGUCCCUACACCAUCAUUGAAGAUCUCAUGCGACAUGACAAGGAUGUGAUUGUGCCGAAUAUCUGGCGGCCGCUGCCUGAUUGGCUUGGGGGUGAACAGCCAUACGACCUCAACUCCUGGCAAGAAUCCGAGACUGCCAUUGCCCUCGCCGAGUCCCUCGACGAAGACGCUGUCAUUGUGGAAGGCUACGCAGAGUAUGCCACAUGGCGGCCUCAUCUGGCAUACCUCCGCGACCCCUACGGAGACCCCGACGUGGAGAUGGAACUUGAUGGUGUUGGCGGGGUCUCAAUCCUCGCCAAAGCCCGAGUAUUCCGUGCCGGAGUACACUUUCCCGCCUUCUCCUUCGAAAGGCACGCGGAGACAGAAGGAUUCGGAAAGAUGGCCAGACGCAUGAGAUUUUCCGUCGUCGGUCUUCCGCAUUACACGGUGUGGCAUCUGUACGAACCGUCGGUGGAUGACAUCAGACACAUGGAGGAAAUGGAGCGCGAGAAGCGCGAACGGGAAAAGCAGGAAAAAGAAAACGCCGAACAGGUCAAGAAGCUUGAGGAUGAGUUCCAACAAGUGGGUUCUCAGUGGGAGCAGGACAAGGAGGCCAUGGCGGCAGAAUCAAAGAAAGAAGGUGUGCGUAUGGUCAACGCGAACAGUGAAAAGGGCGAGAAAAAGGCGUCAGCCGCCAAAGACACGGACGAGGACAGCACUUGA